AUAUUUGAUUAUUUUAUUCAAUAAAUCAAUGAAUACCUUAACAUUAACAAUUGACGACAAUCAUAACAAUUUUUAAAUUAUUACAAUGGGUAUAAACAGAGAUUGAAAGUAUUUACACAAUUUAUCAGUAUAAUUAAUAAGGAACUUUAUCUUAAAUAGAUGAAGAAAAAUUAUAUUAAAAGUGGAUAAUUUUAUCAUUUUUCCAAGAUAAUGUUGUCGACUCCAAAAAGCAAGAGUGAAUUGUUCCUAGCAUCAUCUCUUCGUGAUGGAUUGGAAGAUAAUAAUAUAAGACAAGUGACAACGCUUUUAAAAAGUAAAGAGGCUGAUCCUAAUGUAUUAAUUCCUUCCUAUGGUAUUUCGCCAUUUCAUCUGGUCAUCGGUAAUCAAUCUGAAAGAUUUGCAGAAGAAGUAACCAAGUUAUUUCUUCGCUAUGGAGGAAAUCCUAAUGUAAAAGCUGUUGAUGGAAUGACUCCUGUACAUGUAGCUGCUGCAUGGGGACGAGUUAAAGUUUUAGAACUUUUAUUAGCUAAUGGUGGGGAUCCUUUAUGUGUUGAUGAUGAUGGACGUACACCAUUUCAUUAUGCAUUCGAUGGAUCUUACUAUGAUGCUAUAACAGUACUUGGAAAAUAUUGUGUUAAAAACCAAGAUGAUGAUGGAGAAGAUUAUGAUAGUGAUAACAUCAAUGAUAUAAAACCGAAAAUUGAAAUAAAACUUGAAAAAAUUUUAAUAAAUCGAGGAAAUAUAAUUGCUGAAUACGUUCCUUCUGAUCGUGAAAGAAGUAAUAAUACUUUGACGAGCGAAGAUAAAGAAAAUACAAAUUUAGACAAUACAAGAAAAUUUUUUGAAAUCGAAUAUAGGUCAAGCUCAUCUAGAUCAUCACCAGUUUCAGAAAAUAAUGCGGUUUUACUGGAUGAUAAUAUCAAAAUAAAUAGUGAUAACAUUACGAUGCGAAGACCAAGAAGAGAACCUGAAAAAAAAUCUCACGCUAUAUCUCCAAUACUAUCCGAAAGUGAUAAGUUUAACUUUGAUAGUAAAAAUCGAAAUGAAAAUGAAGAAAAAGUUUUGGUUGGAAAAAUUAUUCGAAAACUUUCAACAUCAUUCAAGAAAAUUAAUGAACGAGACCAUAUUAAAGAUAAUAUUUCAAAAGAUACUAAUAAAAAAUUUCCUAGUCUUAUUCCUCAGCCUAAAAUUUAUAAAAAUAAUUUAAAAUGUAUGAAAAAGAAGGAAACGAUACCAUCAAAGAUUUUGGAUACAUCAAUUGUUAGCAGAUCUCCUAAUUUUCAAAUAUCUAUUUCAAGACUAAAUAAACGAAAAACUCCACCCUCUUUGAACAGUAACAAAUUUACAACAUUAAAAAAUAGAAAUUUAAAAUUGAAAACUUUUAGCAGUUCUUCAUCAAGAUCAUCUUCUCCACCGGUAUUAAAAAGUGCAAGUUCUACUCCAAGAAGACGACUACAUCGAAUACAUAAUAGACCAAUUGAAAAAUCUACCCAUAAAAUUAAUCUGAAUAGUUAUAAAAUUCAAAACUUAAUUCAUCAAACGUAUAGUGAAAGUGAAUAUGAUAUACCGUAUAUUUCUCAAGAUAAAAGAAAUUAUAAAAUGACUGCUAAAAGAAUUACAAAUGUAGCAAGAAAAUUACAUGAUUCAGAUAAUGAAGAUUAUGGGCAUAAUAUGCAUUCAAUGAAUAAUAAAAAAUUAAAAAUUAAAUCAAUUCAGAUAAAUCGUCAACUUGCCAAUAAAAACUCAAAAAAACCGGAUAAUAAAUCUACUACGAAUACCAUCAUGAGGAUUCAGAAAAUAGAUUCUUCCAAUAGUCCUGUUAGUAAAACAUGUCAAAUGAUUACAGUUGAACCUGCUGAGAAAUUAAAAAUAUCUAAAACUCCGAAAAAGAAUAAAAAUAUACAACCGCAACCAAUCAAACUCAUUUCUUUGAAAACUGAAUACUGUAAAUGUCUUCUUCAAAGUCCAGGCUCGUCUAAUCCAAUAUCAAUGAAUUCUUCUUGCAAAGGUAGUUUAGAAACAGAAGAAGAAAUAAAAUUACAUGAUGAAGCCCAAGAGAUUUAUGAAACUAAGGAUCAAACUCCUCCAGCAUCAGUUUCUAAUUUUGAUAGCGAACCUUCUACAAGUUUAGAAAUUCUAAAGGAAUCUUCUAAUAGCACAGAAGAAUUUUUCGAUUGUCAAAAAGUAGAUAAUUCAAAUAACUUAAAACAAAGUACAAUUAACUUUUAUACGGAUAAACAAGAAAUUUAUACAAAAUUAAAGACUGAACGAAUUUAUGAUUCAGAUUCUGAAACUUUCCGAACUCCAAUGAGAUCUAUUAUAAGCUCUACAUUUAGUAACGAGUCCUUUGUAAGUGUUGACGAAGAAUAUACUUAUAUAGAUGCUGAAAAAAAUGUUGCUUUUUUGGAACGACGACUAAGAGUUAUUCCUAUCCUAGAAGACAUGGACAAUGUCAAGCAUGAAUCUACGUGGCUUGAUCAACUUGCUGAGUUAUCGAUUAACUCAUGUGCAAUUUCUUCUAAACAGUCCAGCAAACUUGAAACAAACAUAAUAAGUAAUAAUACUCUUCGGAAUAAAUUGAUAUCUCUAGGAGAAAUACCAGGCCCAAUAACUCAUACAACUUAUAAUGUUUACCUUAAACGUCUUCGAAAAUUACAGCAAAAAGAUUUAAAUACUGGUUUAUUGGUAGAAAACUCUUAUAAUGAAACUAGAAUUUGUAAAAUACCAACUACUGUACUAAAGACUGAUUGGAUGAGUGAUAUAACAUAUUAUCAAAAUUUAGAAGAUCAAGUGUUCAGUGAAUACGAAAAACCAAACUCUUCUAAAAAGUAUCGUGGUGGUCUAGGAAAAAUAUCGUUUAAUUAUCUACUUUUGGAUCCAAGAAUAACCAAGGAUUUACCUCGUAGUGGGCGUAAUUUAAGUUUGAAUGAUCGUUGGAAAAGGUUUCUUGAAGCUAUAUUUUACGUAGGAAAAGGUAAAGCUACGAGACCUGCAGCACAUCUCUAUGAUGCAUUUGAUAUAUGGACAGGAAAAAAACAAAUUGAUGAACCGAGUGAAAAAAUUCAAAGAAUCAUUAGUAUAUGGCAUGAAGGAAGAGGUGUCGUGUGUCUCCAUGUUUUUAUGAAUACUAUGCAAGAAGAAGCAUUCACUCGGGAAGCUGCAAUGAUUGAUGCAUUGGGAACAAAUCAUUUAAGCAAUUGUAGCCGAGGAAAUUACUACGGAAUUCUUUCAACAAUGGAUACUCAAGAAAAACGACAUCUUGGAAAAUAUCUCCUUUACAAAGCUAUGGAAAUAUUUAUGUUUGAAGGCGAAAGACAAUUAUUUCCUAGGAGUAUCUUUUAGAUUAGUAAAAGAUUAUUAUGAUAAAAAUGGUGACAAAGUGCAAUGAGCUAUGAUAAUAAUUCGAAUACUUGUACAGCUUUCUUAAAUAUCUAUAGUCGAAAGUUUAUUAUAAAUGGAACCAAGAUAUUAAAUAUUUUGCUGUAUCAAAACUGAUAAAAAAGGUCAUAAAUUUUCUUUUCUUUUGUUUCUUCCGCGUACUUCUUAUCCAAACAAAAAAAA